AUUCAAAUAGAUGGGUUUUUUUUCUUCUUCUAAUCUUUCCAUAAGUAACCCAUUUGCAUGCCAACAAUUCUUGCUUUGAAUUUUGCCUACGAUGUGUUUGGGAAAUUGCCGCACAUAUUGGUAGACGUUUUCGUGUCAUUUUGUAAGAAGAUGCCUCAAAUGGGGUCUGUUGACGCCUCUGCCAGACCCACCUAUAACCUUCCUUGAAAUUUUCUUGUCUCACUCUGACAUUUGCUAUUUGUACUGACAAAUAGAAAUUUUUUUGGCAGACUGGUUAGCAUAUCUCCAGAAUUACUUGAUUUCUUGGAAUCCCUUCAUUUCAUCUGGAGAAUACCAACCAAUUCACUACUUUUUUUUUGCCUUGGACUAUCAAUUGUUCUGUUGAAUCUAUUCUAUCAUCAAUGGUCAAUUCACCCAAUUCUUAUGUUUGGCCUUCUCCUUGAAAUUCACCAAAUUUUGGUUAGUAUGCUGUAUGCAUUAAUCGCAUACCAUAAUCCAAUCAGUUUGAGUUACUUUGGCUGGUUUACUUUACCGUUUGUUCCUCUGCUGUGGUUGGUUCUUUUGAUAUUUUGGUCAAAUGGGUAAUGUUGGAGUUCUGAAUGAUCAUAGGAUGAUUUGUUCUCCAUUAAUGGCCCAAUCUGUGGAGCAAAUGGUGAGUGACAUGCACCGUGCAAAGGCACAAGGUGCUGAUUUAGUUGAAGUCAGAUUGGACUACAUCAAUAAUUUUCAACCUUUCCCAGACCUUGAAAUCAUCCUUAAAAAUAAGCCAUUGCCAGUGCUUAUUGUGUACCGGCCAAAAUGGGAAGGUGGUCGAUAUGAAGGAGACGAAAAUACUCGGUUGCAAGCACUUCAUCUGGCUAAUGAAAUGGGAGCAGACUAUAUUGAUUUUGAGCUCAAGGUGGCCUAUGAUUUCUUGAAGAAAGAAAGGAUGAGUGAUCAUACUGGUGCGAGAUUUAUCGUUUCAUGUUCUAUGAACAGUGUCCCUCAAAAAGAAGAUCUCAGCCAUCUCAUUGAACGUAUGAAACUGACAGAAGCAGAUAUCAUCAAAAUUGGUUACCGUCCAAAUGAUAUUACGGAAGUGGAGAGGAUGUUUCAUCUGGUUUCACUUUGCCAGGUGCCAAUGAUUGCUUACUGUGAGGGCGAAAGGGGCCUAAUUAGCCAGCUAUUGGGACCAAAAUUUGGUGCUGUUUUAGUCUAUGGAUCAAUGGAAGGAAAUUCAGUUCCCGGUUUGCCUACUUUAGGCAGUCUCAGAGAGGCCUAUAAGAUUGAUUACAUCAAUUCUGACACUAAAGUUUUCGGACUGAUCUCAAAACCAGUUAGCCACAGCAAAGGCCCUAUACUUCACAACCCUACCUUCAGACAUAUGAAGUAUAAUGGAAUAUAUGCUCCCAUGUUCAUUGAUAAUCUUAAGGAGUUCUUUAGAGUCUACUCAAGCCCAGACUUUACAGGAUUUAGUGUUGGAUUUCCGUAUAAAGAAGCCAUUAUUGAAUUUUGCGACGAAGUCCAUCCACUUGUUCAGUCCAUCGGUGCAGUCAAUACUAUUAUACGGAGUCCUAGUGAUGGGAAGUUGAUAGGUUAUAACACAGAUUGUGAGGCUUCAAUAACUGCAAUUGAGGAAGCUUUAAAAGAGUUUCCAUAUAACAAUGGUGACGCAUCUUUGGAUUCUCCACUAGCUGAGAAAUUGUUUGUGCUAGCCGGUGCCGGAGGUGCAGGAAGAGCACUUGCAUUUGGUGCUAGAAGUAGAGGAGCUCGAGUGGUUGUUUUUGACAUAGAUUUUGAAAGAGCAAAGUCCCUUGCUGGUGCCGUGUCAGGUGAAGCCAAGCCUUUUGAAGAUUUAGUCAAAUUUAAGCCAGAGAAAGGUGCGAUCCUUGCAAAUGCAACCCCAUUAGGAAUGCAUCCAAAUACAGACAGAAUUCCUGUUGCUGAGGAAACUUUGCGGGAUUAUCAGCUGGUGUUUGACGCAGUUUACACACCAAGAAAAACCAGACUACUGAAAGAAGCUGAGGCUGCAGGGGCAAUCAUUGUGAGCGGAGUUGAAAUGUUCCUUCGCCAGGCCAUUGGCCAGAUUAAUCUUUUCACUGGCAGAGAAGCUCCCAAGGACUUCAUGCGCGAAAUCGUUUUAGCCAAAUUCUGAUGCAUCUGCAUAACUUCUUGGCUUCUCAAAAAGUUUUCGACCCACAAGACACAGUGCACAUGCUACAAGACUGCUGCUUCAAGUUUUCGCUCUGAUUGCAACAAUAUUGGGACCUUAAAAUCCUCAUAAUAGUCUCUUUUUUAUUCUCAAAGUAUGGGUGACAGAGCAUCUCUGAAGCAGAAAUUUUGUUCUGGUUCGAGCUCUAAGAAAUAGACUAUUACUAAGCCAAGAGCUCCUUAUUUCAGAAGCAACUGAGGUAAUGUAGAAGGGAGCAUCCGUCUGAAUGUGUUUUCCUUAAUACUAGUAAUUUUGAAUGCAUAUGCAUUAGGUGGAUUAACGUAACUAAUUGGGAACAUCAUGAUUCAUGAGGAGGGAAUGAAAAACUAUGCAACAAGUAACUUAGUAGUGAAUUAGCAGUGAACCUUAAUUUUUGAAA